CUGAAUGAAUCCACUCCACAAAAGUGUUUAAUUUUUUUUACAUUUUAAUCAUGAAUUUUAUGGACAGAAUUUGGAGCAGAAGUACGACUAAAUAAAAUAAAAAGUGUGUGCAUAUACUGUAGACAUCACAUCUGCAAUGGAAAACUUAACCCAGGCCACUAACCAUUCAGAAUGUUACCUGGUUGACAGCGCAUCCGGGAGGAGGCCAUUUCUAUUUUUCUAUCUGGCUAUCAUCAUCACUGCUAUCCCAUCCAACUCCUUCUCCCUCUAUGUGUCCUGGCAGCACAUUAGACAGAGGAACGAGCUUGGUGUGUAUCUAUUCAACCUGGCCCUGAGUGACCUGACCUUCACUAUCGGCCUUUCUUUGUGGCUGGACUUCCUGUGGCGAGGAGUUUGGGCUCAUGGAGGAUAUGUAUGUGUGGUAUCUGUUUACUUUCUCUUCACUAACUUUUACACCAGUGAUGCUCUCCUCUGCUGCAUUGCUGUUGACCGGUACUUGGCAGUAGUUCACCCAUUAAAGUACACAUCCUUGAGGAAAGUAGCCACCGCAGUGGCAGUCAGUGUUUCCAUUUGGGUGCUGGUAGUCUGUUUCAAUGCCACCACUAUCACUUGGGAGGACUCAUACCAUGAAAACAACAUGUUUUCUGUCUGCUUUGACAUCUCCCUCCCACUGUCAGAGAAUCUGGCUCGAGUUAAUGUAGUACGCUUCUUCCUGGGAUUUAUUGUUCCAGUUCUCCUUGUGAUGUUUUCCACCUGGGGGAUCUGUGAGGCAGUGAAAUCCAACCAGGCCACAGAGGAACAGGAACGUAAACGGAUUUCAAAGCUCCUGACAAUAGUUUUGUUCUGCCUUUUGUUCUGCUUUGGACCUAUCCACGUCAUGAUGCUUCUCCGCAUGCUGGUGGACGAUUGCGGGGAUGUCAAAUGGCUUCUUUAUCCCUACAAGAUCAGCAUAGCUAUCUCAAGCCUCAACUGCCUCGCAGACCCACUCCUUUACUGCUUCAUUACUAGAACGGGGCAGGCAAAUGUCAAUCAGGUUGUUCUUUUCUUUCAGGGAAAGAAGAGAGGCAACAAUGAAGGGAUGGUAUAGGGUAAAUUAACUACAGAAGCAUCUAAAGUACAAGAUAAAAUAAUGUAAACUCCUUGUGGUGAUCUUUACAGUUAAACAUUAAACAUUAGACAAUAAUCCUGAAGUAAAUGACUAAUUUACAGACACUGCUUCAAAUGUGAGACAGUGUCAAAUGUGCAAAAAAAAUGUCAGCUGUUAAAGGAUAAUGCUUCUGUUCUAUGUGUUUCAUGUUGUCAACAAUUGAUUACGAGAACAGCUGGGUAUCUGACAAACAUCACAGUUAUUCUGUUGUGAGAAACCUUCUCCAGACAGAUACACAGAAAAUGAAGGGAUUUCUGUGUAAAUUUGACGCCAGUUAUAAUUUGAAUAAACUAUUGGAUAAGGAAAGAAUAUUUGUUUUUUAACAACCCCUAUGACUUUUGUCACUGAACAAGAGCACAGUACAUUUGACUGUGGUCUCUCUUCAGCAUGUUUUUUUUCAAUUUGUAUGUUAUGUAACGUGCCGGGGGAGGGUAUGUUUCCAUUUAACACUCAAAAAAUGUUGUUGUUUUUUUUCUUUCUGAAAGUACCAUGAUCUCAUUAAAACACUGUACAUACAGUUUGGAAAAUUGAUUAAGAUUAAUCUUUGAGUACCAAACACAUUAUAAUCUACAGUAAAAUGCUGUGAAUUUGCAAAUAAAGGGCUUAAGAAUUAUUUCAGUAACAAUUGUAAAAUUUACAUUUAAGCCAGUAGUUCUGUCAGAGCAGCCACUCUCAAAUUUGUGUAAGUCUCACCUUGAAAUGACACUGUAUGUUCGAACACAUUGUUUUCUGUGAAAAAAAAAAAAAAAUUCAAAAUCAUGUCAUGGUGUCAAACUGCUCAUGAAAUCGUUUGGUAUUUUUUUGCAUCCUUGAGUCAAAAAUAAAAGCCAUA